CAGACCGCCGUCAUAUAGCUGGAAUAUUUUGCUGAGUGCGGCGUAAAACAACCAACCCUAAAAUGCAUUUGCACUUUUAACGUUAUGAGAGACAGCAGAUGUGGACCAUUACCAGAACUACAUGUAGGAGUGCCCACGUGAUCUGGAUAAUGUAGAUAAAUGGGUUGAAAACGGCUGACUGGCUAAUCUUUUCAACACCAGGCACAAUGAUAGUGGCAGUUCUGUUUGUUUGUAUAUUGCUGAGUGGGACUCUCUCUGGACUUAUCAUGCCUACGUCAAAGCCUCAGGGAAGUGUUCAUGUUGAUCUCACCACCCUCUUGAGUCACGUCGAUCGCCUUCAGCAGACCGUGACCAAUCUUCAAACAACAACAGCAACAUUACAGGCAAGCAAGGUUCAGGCAGCCGCUGACAUUGCCGCACUGAAUAAACAAGUGGCAUCUCUGAAGUCACAACUCACAUCAAAAACCGUGUUAUUCCAUGUGGGGAACCCAGCCGGCACAACUGCCCUCCGCACUGAUGCUUACACUCCCGUGAACUUCGGUCAUGUCGAUAAGAACUUAGGCUCUGGCUACAACAUGACCUCAGGGACGUUCAUUGCACCGGUCUCUGGAACCUACUUGUUCUACCUACAGCUGGACGUGUUUAAGAGAAAAAACGCUGACAUGUUCGUCUUCAUGAAGAAGCAAUAUGGAAUAGCGUACACGGCUACGGAGCUCAUGGAAGUUGGUCCUUCUGCUGUAGCUGUGCAUCAUUUGGACCAGUGGGAGGAGGUGGGUGUGAUACCAGAGCAACCAAGCUAUUAUUAUGACGCACCUGCUUCUUACUUUGGCGGGGUGUUGUUGUCAGCGGACUGAGAAACUUUGCGGACAAUGUUGGAAUACACAAGAAGCGUAUCGGCUGUAUCAGCAUACGAAUAUGCAAACGUACUUAUAAUUAAGUUUAAAUCAUGAUGAAAAGAGUAGAGCAUCAUACAUAAAUCAUCUAGCAUUUUG